AAGAGAGAGAGAGAGAGAGAGAGAGAGAGAGGAAGAACGAAUGAAUUAGAGAAAAGGAAAGUAAGAGAAUAGUACUAUGGCUCAUUGUUGGAUUGAUUAUUGACAAGCCACGUGGAGAAAUAGAGAGUGAAGGACGAGAAAGAGAAAAAUUAUGAUAUUGUCAUGGGGAGAAUCAUAUGGUGAGGUGAGAGUGCAAAAAACGUGAUCCGUGAUUAUUUCAAGUCUUGCAACAAAGUUGUCCAAUUUCCCUACAAAAAAAAUAUUAUUAUUUUGCAUAAUUUUUUGGAAAUUUUGAUUGCUGCUAUCAACCACUGCCAAUUAAUCAGAGAAAAUAUUAAAAUUUAAGAAUUAAAAUGAUUAUGCUAUGAUACUGAUCGAUACGACUUAUUGGAUGGACAACACCGGACAAGGAUUUAUAUCACAGGCAAAAAUUGACUAUUUGCGUUCCAUCAACGUGAAAGCAAAAAAUACCUGUUUGUUAAUUUUCCAUAUAUCAUCCUUUUCUACUUUGAAAUCUUCAAAAGAAAUAUUGGUUUACAACUUUGGGAGCAGUAGUAAAGUUUUAAGAUUCAGUUGCAAUAAAAUGCUGAUUACGAAGCCAUGCAACUACUUAUUAAUCGGCAUUGUUCUUGCCUUUUGUAUGGACUUAUGUCGCGCCAACGGCAAGAAUAAAAAUAUUUCUCGCGAUAGUUACUCAUCUUUUUCAACCAGUAAUGGUUCACCAUUACUCAAUGAGCUUCAAACAUUAGUAAAUGAAAAUAGAAAUCCAGAGCAGUCGCGGAGGCGUCGAUAUGUACGUUUUCCAUCAUUAUCACCGGGAUAUAUUCUGGAAAGUGCAGGACUACCACCACUAUCUAUCCAGCAAGGGAGAAAUUUAGGAAUUGCAAAUGUUCGUUUUGGAUCUACGGGCAAUGGUCAAUAUUCAAAUUGGCGACAGCAGAAGUCUUAUUGGAGGCAACAUUCGGGAGUGUCUUCACCAGUUUUAUCAGCGGAUUUUCCAUUAAGAUCAAAUGCUCCAGUUAUGGGACACAGAACACCUCGGCUUAUCUUUAGGGAUACUGAUUUUUCUGUUACAUCAGGGAAUGGCAAUAACUUCUUUCAAUCAAAUCAACUACCCGAUAUUGACGAGGACUACAGAGAUCAUCGAAAACAACUUUUUAAUGAAUAUCCCAGAUUUGAAACAGAAUCGCGGAAAGAAAAAAGGCCGGUGUGGAAGGGUGAUGAUUCGUUGUGCGCUGACGGACGGAGCUGUGAAUUUUUUCUAAUGUGCUGGAUGUCCGCGGGUUUACUGGAUGGCAGUUGUGGCGGCAUUAUGUAUACUUGUUGCCAUCGGACUAAAGAUGCAGCUAAAGCAAGCAAUGAUUAUAAUCUUAUCGACGAGCCACGAGAUCAGUUUCAGUCGCUUGCAACCGAUGCUUACCUUGCUGAAACCACCGAUGAGGAUCAAUGUGGUAUUUCAGCAUCUAAGCAAACGGCUCAGAGACGAAUUGUUGGCGGUGAUGAAGCGGGGUUUGGGAGUUUUCCUUGGCAGGCAUAUAUUAGAAUAGGAUCCAGCAGAUGUGGUGGAACACUUGUAAAUCGCUAUCAUGUUGUUACUGCCGGCCACUGCGUAGCCAAGGCAUCUGCUCGUCAAGUGCAAGUGACGCUAGGUGAUUACGUUGUGAAUUCCGCUACGGAGUCACUACCGGCUUAUACAUUUGGCGUAAGAGAAAUUCGUGUACAUCCUUAUUUCAAAUUUACGCCUCAAGCUGAUAGAUUUGAUGUUGCAGUUUUACGACUCGAUAGACCAGUUCAUUAUAUGCCUCAUAUCGCUCCAAUUUGCUUGCCGUCGAAAAACGAAGACUUUUUGGGACAAUACGGGUGGGCUGCUGGUUGGGGUGCUCUUCAAGCAGGUUCGAGGCUUCGACCAAAAACCUUACAAGCAGUAGAUGUACCUGUGAUUGAUAAUCGAGUUUGCGAAAGAUGGCAUCGUUCAAAUGGUAUCAAUGUUGUUAUUUAUGAUGAAAUGAUGUGUGCUGGAUAUCGAGGAGGUGGGAAAGAUUCUUGUCAGGGAGAUAGCGGUGGUCCUUUGAUGUUAGAGAGGACUGGAAAGUGGUAUCUUAUUGGUAUUGUUUCUGCUGGCUAUUCGUGUGCUCAACCUGGACAACCAGGAAUCUAUCAUCGAGUUGCAAAAACAGUUGACUGGAUAACGUACGUCAUUAAUACGUAGUAAAAAAAAGUUUGAAGAUGGUUAAAAAAGGUUCUACAACAAAUUAUUGUUUGAUUAAUGGACGUUGGUAUAGAUCAAAUUUAUAUAUGCAGAUUCAUUUACAA